UGGCUGCAGGAACAUCAGCACCUGAAAUCUUUAUAUCCACUAUAAGUGAGUUCUUCACUCAGGCGGAUGUUGGUGUAAAGACCAUCAUUGGAUCAGGACUCUUCAACAUCCUCUUCAUCACUGGACUGUGUGGGAUUGCUGCUGGACACGUGCUGCUGUUGAAGAGGUGGGCUGUGAUUCGGGACUCAGUCACAUACAUGCUGUCUGUUGUGGCACUGAUUGGUAUUACCCAUGAUGGGAAGAUCGUAUGGUGGGAAAGUUUGCUGUUGGUGGUCAUGUAUGUGGGAUACAUUUUGAUCACGAUAUUUAACUCCCACAUACAGACUUUUUUUGGGAACAAACCAUCAAGCGGACACGAGCGAGAGAACGACAAUGACAUUCAGCUGAGGGGGGUGGAGGAAGAGAGCAACACUGGGGAUGCGGACUUGUCCACGGACGAUCCGGGUGAGGGGACAAGCAAGGACGAUGCAAAGAAGUCCACGGACGAUCUGGGCAAGGGGACAAGCAAGGACUAUUUUUUGUGUGUAUAUGUAGAGGGCUGUAUGAAGAAGACCAAAUGGCUGGUCUCAUGGCCUCUGCUGCUUCUGCUUUUCCUCACCAUCCCAAACUGCUCCAGAACUCGCUGGGAGAAGUAUUUAAUAGUGGUGUUCCUCCUCAUUUCGACGGUUUGGAUUGCGGUCUUCUCCUACCUUAUGGUGUGGAUGGUGACCAUCAUCAGGUACACGUUUGGCAUUCCCGAUGUUAUUAUGGACAUCACGGUCCUGGCAAUCGGCACUAGCAUCCCAGAUUUCUUCACCAGCCUGACUGCUGCUCGCCAAGGUUUGUCUCUGCUAUUCAUACAUGUUGAGGGUGUUUUAGGGAAGUUUAUUCAUCACUGCCAGCUUGUGAAAAAGGGCCUGGAGCUCUGACAGUAGUGCUGACUGCAGGGCCAAUUAUCAGUUUGUAUGAAUGUUCUAAUACAGUAGAGUUUCUGUAGUAACAGGUCAUUCACAGGAACUUGGUACUCUAUAUCAGUGAUUCCCAACCCCUGGUCCCCGGACCGGUGCAGGUCCGUGGACAAGUUAGUACCGGGCCUUGAAAUAU